AUGUGACCCCUAAACCAUCACUUUGUUCCUUGUUUUCGACACAAGACCCCUCGCGGGCUGUCGGUGGCAGGAGUGCUUGUGUGUGGAACUGCCUGUGGCUGAGUUCGGAACCUGCUGAGCUGGACAUGCCCUGCAAACUGGAGAGAUCAUUCUAAGAGGUGCUGCUAUAGAAGAUGAGGCUGAACGAGAGCCGGACCAGACCCUUCCAGGCUCCUGUUUCCAUCCACAGCUACCCGGGAGGGCAAGUGUACGUGUUCCCAAAUGGCCGCUCUGACUCAGAAGAGUCGUCAGACGAGGAGCUCAACGUCAUGGAGCUGCGGCCGAGGGGCAGGGAGCGGCAGUGCAGCAAUGCACGGGGCAGAGCUGGGGAUGUGGUGCUUCUGGAGAGAGACAUCACUGAGGACGACAGUCUGAACAAGCUUGCCCUGCAGUAUGGUUGCAAAGUUGCAGACAUCAAACGCGUCAACAACUUUAUCAGGGAGCAGGACCUGUACGCUUUGAAGUCCAUCAAGAUCCCUGUGAAGACCCACGGGCUGCUGACAGAGAGCAGCAAGGAGCUGAGGCCGCUCCCGGCUGCGCGCUCCCAGAGCGGCGCGGUGCUGGUGGACGUGCCGGAGCCUGGCGCUGGCGGCAGCGGCUGUGCUGAGAGCGGGCAGCUCGUGGAUUAUUUCAAAGGCAUCGACAAGAGCAUCCAGGACGCCGUGCAGGCGGAGGCGCAGCUGAGUGCUGAGCUCUGCGUGGAGCCGCCGGAGAGGCCGCUGGCCGAGCCGGGGAAGCGGGAGAGCAGUAAUGGUGCGGACUGUGGAAUCCAGUGGUGGAAUGCAGUUUUUAUUAUGCUCUUGGUAGGAAUUGUCUUGCCGGUAUUUUAUAUCAUCUAUUUUAAAACGCAAGAGAAUGGCCCGGCGCCCCACACCUCCAACACAACAGCAACCUCAAAUAUUUCGACAGAUGGAUUGGAAGGGAAAUUACUACAAAGCUCAGUUGUAGAAAAAAAUGCUGGGGGGGAGACACAGCCAAAUACAGCCUCACCUCCCAGCACGGGCGCCCAUAAGACAGUGACUCUGACUCGAGUGCAAUCAGGGGGAUAACACUACAGAUAUUAUUUUUUUUUAAAGUAGUCAAUGUAGUUCUGAGCUUGACUGAACUGGAGAUGCGAUUUUAUGGAAGAAUAAGGAUGCUCUGUUGCUUGUGAAGACCAGCAGGCAACUGGCUUAACAUUUGUGAACUCUGAUGAGGGAAAGUAUUUUGAAGCAGUUUGCUCUUCUUGCUUGCUUCAGGUAUUUCUUAAGAGUGGUUUUGUCUAAGAAGCUGAACCCUUUACUUCUGUGACAGAGUGCAGUAUUGGUGUGAUUGGAAAGCUGGGGGCUGUUUGUUUUUGUUUUUUUUUUUUAAGAAAAUACGUUUUGCUUGGAGUAGAGGUGAGGACUCAUCUUUUUCAAUGAACUGUCAUUUUUCUGUCUUGCAGAGCGUGGCAGCCUUGGCAGGCCUAACCCAAAAAGCAGUGGCUUUUAAUUGGUUGGCUGGGGUGUGGCACAGCACAGGGACACCUGUAGCACCUCACCACUACAUCUUGCACGCGAUGGUUAAGCAGUGGAUGGUUUGAAUCCUGCAGUGGGGUGGGUGAGGCCAGAGCUUUUGUCCUGGUGGAAGUCCUUCAGAGGCUUCCUGCCAAUGUCCGUGCAGGCAGAGCUCAUUGAGAGCCCUUGUUCUGUCAGGGUUUUGUCAGUGCUGCAGCGGGCUGGCAGCAGACGUCCACAAUAUUGUCAGGAGAUGGCGAGAACAGAGUAAGGCUUGUGGGAUGCUGUGCUCUUCUCAAGGGUUUAUUUGGUGUGGGGAAGUCUAGCUGUUACCUGCUUUUGGUUUAAAUCCACAGUGGUGCAUCUCAGAUGUCACAUCGCAGUCGAGGACUUGAGUUUCCUUGUUUGUACUCUUCAAAUGAGAGUGCUGCUGAGUUCACCUACAAACACCCACAAAGAAGCCCAACGUUGUGUCAGGUAGUCACAGAAAGGUGAAUCAGAUGCUUUAUAGAUGGGGACUGGGAAGCUGCUGUAUGCUGAACAGUCCUGUCCACUCUGAGUAAAUAGGGGGGGUGAAUGGAGGUUUGCGUGGCUGAGCUGUAUUGUAAGCCUGAUACGUGUGCUGUGUCAGUGAACACUACAUGCUGGAAGUGAGGAGCAGUGAGGCUUUGGGAGAGAGUUUUGCUGCAGAGAAUUGUCCUCAGAACUUUUUAUUCAACAAAUUCAGGGACUGCAGACAGAGGUAAGCUCUCCUAGAGCUAAAUGCUGAGGUACUGCUGUGGCACAGUUGCAUGAAAUCCCCAGGGAGGGGAUCCAGGCUGUAACUCAGCAGCAGCCAGCUGGUUGUGUCAUGGGGAGCCUUGGGGCUGUUUGCACAGAGCUGAGCUCCUGCAGGGGAGGCAGAGCUGGUGAGCAGGCACACAGCGUGGCAGUUUGUCUUUGCCCCGCACUGCAGCCUUCCCACCAUUUACUGUGUUCCCAGCAAGCUCGAGAAGAUGCCUGCAGAAAAAAAGCACAGAGUCCAUUUGUGGCAAGCUGCGGAGUCAGACCUGAGCUGCUUGCCUGCUGCAGGCCUUGCAGCAGAGGGCACUGCUGCCUGGGAGCUGUGGAGGGUCUGUCACAGCAAGGGCAGCAUUUUUAGGGACCCUGGCUGCGUUGUUGGGCUCUGAUGCUGAACCUAAUGUCUGUGCAUGAACCAUGUGCAAGUUGGUUUGGGUUUGUUGGUUGUUUUUCGUGCUGUUUUUUUUUGUUUGUUUGUUUGUUUUCAAAGCCUUUCUUUUGCUGCCUAAAACUGAUCAGAAGUGAAGAAGCUGGGUGAGGGGAGCAGCCUUGUGGCACCUUCUGCACAGCACAAAAGGUGUGGGGGGAAAAGAGCGUUACGCGAAGCAGAGCCCUGUGGUUACACCUGUGGUGUUACACCUGCACCGUGGGGCUCCUGCAGCCUUAAAAAGGGCUUAGGAAAGCCUGGGCAAACCUAGGUUGUGAAUGAGGGACCUAGAGUGUCUUGUAAUGGGGAAAAGAAGGCUCGUAUUUUCUUCUGUGAAGGAAAGGUAUCCCUUGUGGUUGGGAAGAGGGGAAUCGCUACAUUUCUAAAUCAAGUGAAAUGAAAUAAAAGCACAAGGGGCACUUACCCACCCCAGA